AUGGCCGCCAAUAAUCCUACAGAGGUGUCAAAAGUCAAGACAUUGCUAGCCACGCUCCGCGACACUCCUGUCAACACAACAGAUGGCUCAGACAGUUUACUUGCUCCUAUAUUCGUAUACUUAAUGAAGGUCCAGGCAAGUCCUAAUGAUAAAACGCUACACUGGUUUUGCGAUCGCGCCGACCAACUCACCAUUGAUGCUGCAACUUUCCUCAUCCGAUUGUUUGCUUAUAAUAGCGUUAGAGUGGACGAGUGGAAGAAGAAAUUUCAGGUAUGCCUAGAAGGAUGUAGUAAAUGUGUGAAAGGUUUUGGAGAGGUCAAAGUUAGCUCGCGACAUACAUAUUUCGGCGCUUUCUCCGACAGUGUGAUAAAGAACUUUUACGAAAGUUUUGACGCAUGGGAGUUGAGCAUGGUAAUCGAUGCUCUCUCUCGCGCUGGUGUCAAUGUUCAGGCCCCUAGUAAUUCACAUUCUCUCGACAGAGUCCCGUCUACUAUCACUUAUCGCAUGGUGUCCAACAUGCACAUCUUGCGGGAUAAGAGGGUAUUACCACUUAUCCGUUCGUGUCCUCCAACACUUGGAUGGCCAACAGACCCUCCCCCUCCAGGUCUUUUCCCUCUUAUGGUGGACGAAUCUGCCGAGGUGAGGCAGUGGGCAAAGAACCAAGCCUCCAAAUGCAAGAAUGUGCCGAUCUUGAAAGACCAUUUUGUCCCUGCCCAUGAAAUAGCAUUGGAUGCUGUAGCUGGUGCUUUUACGUCUAAUAUAAACUCUAGAGAAAGUCAAAAUGGAAGUGUCAAUAUAAUACCAUCUUCUUUAACUUCAAGUACUUCCAGCAUGAACCUUCAGUCGUUUCCAUAUGCCUCAAAUGCCAGCGAUCUUUGGCCUGGAUUCUGUGCUAUUCUUCGGCUCAUUCCCUCCGACCUUUUGGUUUCGAGCUCACAUCGUAAUAUUGAUUUACGUCGCAUCAUAACUGGGCACUUGCACGAUGUUGGACCUCAUUUCCCUGAAAUAUUGCGCUGUCUACUAUUUCUACUCAAACGUUUGGGAAAUGGCCUUUGGCAAGGGGAAGGCCCGGAGUUCCCCCAAGUUGUUUUCGACGCAAUCAAAGAUAACCCAUCGUACUGUUCUCUGGUGCAGACUGUCGAUGUAACGACGGAAAAGCCAUGGUAUUUAUCCUGGUUCACCGAAUACCUCAAUAGUCUUCGAGAGUUACCCAUUUUUGGUGAUGUUUUGGCCAAAAUGGUGGAUUUCCUGUGUGAAGAAUUGCAACAUGAGCGUUUCGAGGACGCUCGUCCUAUGGCCAUGCUCGCUGCUGUCCGACUACUUGCAAAUUUAUUGCGAAAGGUGUCCAACGAGGCUGCAAAUGAGAACACGACUAAGCUGCGUGUGGCAGUAUCUAGUGUCCUUGACAUCCAUGCAGAGGUGUUCAUUUCAGUGGCUUUUGGGAGGUCUUUCAUGGAUGUCAAAUGGAUAAAUGCUCGUGUCUCAGCUCGAGAGCUCAUUACCAGUGCGCUGCUUCAGGACGUACAGGAUGUGUCAAGUGCUAUUCAUGUUUGUUGCAAACAACUUGCUGGCUAUGCGACAGCACCGCCCAUAUGUAACGUUCGCAAGGAGAUGUGGAAGAGAGUAUACGGGACAUUGCAGACAAAUGACGGUGAUGGAGUCGUGGCCAUGAUCACAGUUGUCAGCCAAACCUCUCACCUGGACACUUUCAACAAAGACGUAUAUCUCCGCAUACAAAAGAAGCCUCUGGAUUCUGCAACUGACCAGGCAAUUGACGCGAUCAAUCGGUCGUUAGUUGUGAUGAGAGAUGGCUUUCUUGAUGUCUUGUCGAAGUUUGCAAACUAUAACCUUUCUUCCUUCAUUCUGGAUAUAUUACGUCGGCCAGGGGUGGUCAACAAUGUGAUGGUACUCAUGCUAUCCCCCAUUGACGACAUCCAGGCCGCUGCGCAGACAUUGGUUGGACAAGCAUUUGAUGUUGAUGUUCGCCUCGAUUGCUUCCGCGUACUUAUCGAAAACCUACCGGACCCUUCUCUGGGAGGCAUUUUUGACUUUCUGGAGAAUUUUAAUCGGUAUGCGCCUCUCGUCCCUGAAGCAUGUAGUUUGUCGAGGUCACUGGUGCGAUGCUUUACCGAUAUUAUAGAAGUAUUAUGUUCGAGUCCAGAUGGGCUCCUUCAUAACGACAAGUUCUUAAAACCAGUCGAUAAGCAAGGACCCGCAGCCCAACUGCCUAGACUAUGGUCGCUCAUGGUACAAUCUAUCACAGUCAUCUUCAAACGUACUCCUGUGUGGUCCGGUCACCUCCACGUUGACGACAUGGUUUUCUGGAUGCGUGAUGCCCUCAUCUUUGGUCGCGAUAUGCUUGCGCAGUGGCGGGUGAUCGAGUCCGCAGCGGCUGCUUCUGAUAAAUCAUCACUGCGAGAUGGACUGUCACGGGUAGGAAAGAAGAUGCUCAACGAUUUACAAGAAGUGAUCCCUGAGUUAGCCCGCUGGCUCCGACUCACCGAUCAAGAAUUAUUGCACCAAUCUUUUGCUCUCGUCCAGUCUCUCCUCGACUGCUUUCGGGAAUGUAACAUACCGCUGUUACCUUCUAGCCUUGAAAGGCUCAACAGGCAGAUCGCUGAUGGGCGGAAACAUCCAGGGAAAAUGCGACUUGACGCUGGGCGGCUUUCCAAACUAGAAGAUGCUCUCACCGCCUUCGAAAGCGACGACGAGGUAGAAUUCGUAUCCCACGUUCCAGCUCCAGUAGCCAAGCCACAUGUUCCAGAAUACCCUAAACCUAAAGUCUCUGGCCAACCUCCUGUCAAACCAAAACCCCUAGUACCUAGUACAUCUGCGAAGCCCGCUAUCGGCGAUGCAGCUCUUCAAAAGUUGGGUGCUGUACCUUUCCCAACGUUUCGCAGAUCAGCAGUUUCCCAGUCGUCUUCUGCCGCUCCGCAAGUCAAAGCCAGGGACAUACCAGCUAAGCAACCAUCAGGCGAGGAGGCGUCUUCGAGUGAUUCGAGUAGUGAUGAGGAAGAAGAAUCACAAGGAGGGUUGGCUAGUCUCGCUAAAUAUCAGCAGUCUCCAAAGAUACAGAAGCCCGCCGAGCGCCGUCAAGUCAAAAUGCUGGAUGUUACUAAUCGAGUAGUCAAGAAUCCUGCAAUGGAACGAUUGGAACGACGAAAUGAUGCUCGCAAGACUGCCUUGCGACUGAAGCCAGACAUAUCAGGAUUACAUCGUGCUUUACUAUCGUGGAAUUAUGACCAUGAAGGUCCAAGCCCUCCGCCCUCCGGAGCGGGCCCACGUUUAAUACACGUGCCAGACAUGUUUACUGACCAUCGUCAAUAUGUCAACGUUUUCGAACCUCUGUUGUUACUGGAGUGCUGGUCACAACUUUUGCAGUCCAAAGAAGAGAAAGAGGACUCCUACGAAUGCAAAAUUCUUUCCCGAAGGUUCAUUGAUGAUUGGCUGGAUCUUGACAUCACAAUUCCUGAGGCUGUUCAAAAAGACUGGUAUCUUGGGGAGACAGACGUGGUGCUAUUAAGGCAUCUCGAUGGGAAAAAAUGCAUUCUAGCCAAGACACAGAGUUACAAAGCUACACCGCUAGGCAUUCAAGCUUCACUUCGAUGUCAUAUUCGUGCAAACAACAGUGAUCCAGGCCUGCAGAUUAAUACUACUUGGAGGCUGAAGAAAACUUUCAGUUUGAGCACAGUACACCGGGAAUAUGGGGCCCUCGUGGCACUCCCUUACUAUGAUCUAUUCGAAAAAAUCAUGAAACCACAGAUAUCACCAAUGCCCAACUUAGAUAAUAGCACUAUAAAGCAAGCCAUGGCAGCGUACAGUGUUAAUGAACCCCAAGCCAAGGCCAUUUUGGGGUCCCUGCAGGCUCAAGGUUUUGUAUUGAUUCAAGGUCCUCCAGGUACCGGCAAAACAUCGACUAUCUGUGGACUCGUAGAGGCAUUUAUGUCGCGCCGCCCUCGACCAGCCACAGCUAUCCACGUAGGUCGAGGCCAGAGGCCUACAGAUAAAGCGCCUCCGAAGAAGGCUUUGCUUUGCGCGCCCAGUAAUGCCGCAGUGGAUGAAGUGGCUCAUCGACUUAAAGAAGGAUACCGGGGGGCUGAGCGACGGGGCGCUGCACUCAAAGUCGUUCGAGUUGGUAACGACAAAGUUAUGAACAUCAGUGUGAAGGAUAUCUCGCUGGACUAUCUCGUCGAGCAAAAAAUAAACUCUGACGCUACUAAAGAACCUCCCAAAGGCGCAGACAACGAAAUAACUGUAAUACGAGCAGAGAUCGAAAGCGUCAAGCGAGCGAAACAGCAAAAACUAGAGGAAUUAGCAACAACUCAUGAUAACACUGCAAGAACACUGGCCUUGGAGGACGAAAUCAAAAGAUUAAAUUCGCGUAGAAUGACAUUGACACAGCAAUUUGACCGUCUCAAAGACAAGCAAAAAUCAGAUCGUCGGACUCUUGAUGCUACACGGAGGAAGUUUAGAGUAGAAGUUCUCCAAGAAGCCGAUGUGAUAUGCAGUACAUUAUCCGGUGCUGGCCAUGACGUGUUGGAGCAACUUGACUUCGAGAUGGUCAUAAUAGAUGAAGCUGCUCAAGCUAUCGAGUUAAGUUCUUUGAUACCGUUGAAAUUUAAAUGUCAGCGCUGUAUAAUGGUUGGGGACCCACAGCAAUUACCGCCUACUGUCCUUUCCCAAGAAGCUUGCAAGUUCCAGUAUAACCAAUCACUCUUUGUGCGUCUUCAGAAACAUCGCCCUGAGGCUGUUCAUUUGCUGAGUAUACAGUAUCGGAUGCAUCCAGACAUCAGUCAGCUACCAAGUCGUAUUUUCUACCAGGGUCGACUAUUGGAUGGACCUGACAUGGAUGUCAAGACAAAGCAACCCUGGCAUUCACACCCCAAAUUUGGAACAUAUCGCUUUUUCAAUGUCUCCAAGGGGCAAGAACAGGAAGCUGGUGGACAUUCAUUAAAGAACAACUUAGAAAGCCAAGUGGCGGUAGCUAUGUACUCUCGCCUCUGCAAGGAAUUUCCUGCCAUUGACUUCGAUUUUCGCGUUGGCAUUGUGACGAUGUAUCGCGGACAAGUACUUGAAUUGAAACGAGCCUUCCAGAGGAGAUUUGGUAGCGAUAUCAUAAGUAAAGUACAUUUCCACACAGUAGAUGGAUUUCAAGGACAAGAGAAAGACGUCAUCAUACUCUCUUGUGUCCGUGCGGGCCCGGGUUUGCAAUCUGUUGGAUUUUUGGCAGACGUGCGGCGGAUGAAUGUUGCAAUAACUCGUGCAAGAUCAUCCUUGUUCAUUCUUGGUAACGCUCCUACCCUUGAACGAAGUGACGAAAACUGGCGAAGCAUUGUUAAUGACGCACGUUCUAGGUCCUUCUUUACUGAUACUGACGUCUCUUACUUCACCUCUCCUGGCACGGAUACCCCUCGCGUGACGUUACCGCUUAAACAAAACAAACAACCAAAACCAUCGUCUUCGAAAGAGCAAUCUAUCCCAAGUAAUUUGACCACCCCUCGUGACAUAGUAGUUUCUACCAAUCGCCCGAAUUCCAAACAGAGCCCUACUGCCAAUGUCAUACCGUCUGCUAUAUCCACUGGCAGUUCCAAAGACCCGAUAAUACCGAAACAAAUCGGUCUGAAGAGAGCACUAGUUCAGCCUGACGAACAUAAUCACGCGGCCCAGCAAGACCACAAACCUAGGCCACCACCGGCAAAACGUCAAAAGAAAGAGAAAGGAAGCAUUUUUAUUCCUAAGAAAUCUAAUAAGCCGCUACCCACUGGCUCUGGUCUUGAUAAUCCUUCUGGCAGUAGUAAAGGACAAUAACGUCUGGCUUUUCCUUCAUAGAUUAAUAUUUCGGUCGGAACAUCUGCGCAUUAUUUUAUCACUACAUUCAGACAUUACACAGCACACCAUUCACUAGAAUAUAACUGUAAUACCACAUCCAAAAUAUGUAUUGUUAAUACACUAUAUUUCUGCCUUUACGGGAGGCAAUUCCCAUUUGUCAGGGCCGAACCGAGGAA